AUGGGAAAACCCAGACCACAAAAGAAAAAGUCAUCCAAGUCCCGCACAAAGUCCGUCCUCGGCCCUGGUGGCUCGAUCUCGAAACCCAAAAUGUCCCAAGACCCCUCCACGUUACUCGACCAGGCCACAAUCCUCCUCCAGACGGGCCGAGCAGAUGAGGCCCUGCCAACAGCACAGCAGGCGUUAGACCUAGCCGCCGACAAUGUGGCCGUACAACUUCAGGCGGUGAACCUGCUCGGAGAAAUCAACGUCGAGCUCGGCGAGAUCGAGACUGCUCGGGAAUACUUCUUGCGCGCCGUCGAGCAGGAUCCCAAUGGGUCAAUACCGGAGUCGCAGGGCGGUGGCGCUGAGAAGUUCAUGUGGCUCGCUCAAUUGAGCGAGCAGGGUGGAACGGACAGUGUCCAGUGGUUCGAGAAGGGCGUUUCAUCUCUCAGACAGACCCUUCAGGCCUUAGACGGAAAGACGAGCGCCGAGGAGGUCGCGUUGGCUGAGGAGAAGAAAGUGAAAUUGUCCAAUGCGCUUUGCGCCGUUGCAGAGAUCUACAUGACUGACCUUUCCUGGGAGGAAGACGCCGAAGCUCGAUGUGAGGCACUGAUCACAGAGGCCCUCACUGUCACGCCUGACGCGCCAGAAGUCCUACAGACUUUCGCCUCCAUCCGGAUAUCACAGCUGAAGACCGAGGAAGCUCAGGAAGCCCUCAAGCGAAGCACUAGCCUGUGGAAGGACCUGGCUCCCGAAGAUCCCAAAGUGCCCGACUUUGCAGUCCGCAUCAGUCUUGCACGUCUUCUCAUGGAGGUCACGCUGGAGUUUGAGGCUCUGGAAGUUCUCGAGCGUCUGAUUCUCGAGGAUGACCAAAGCGUGGAGGCGUGGUAUCUCGGCGGCUGGUGUCUCUAUCUGCUGGCGGAGAAGCAACAAGCGCCGAAAGAUAUUGCCGAAGAUGAGGCCGCCGAGUCGCCGCGACACGCGUCUUUGAUUGCCAGUCGAGAGUGGCUCAAGCAAAGUCUGAAGCUUUACGAUCUACUGCAGUACGAGGACGAGCCCCUCCAAUCCCACGCCCUGGAGCUAAUUCAGGGAAUGGUUGCCGAAAUCGGAGAAGAUAUGGAAGAUAGCGAGGCGGAGGGCGAGGGUGAGGGUGAAGACUGGGACGAGGAGAUUGACGCGGACUCUGAUGACGAAGAUCACGAAAUGGCCGAUUCAUAG